AUGGAAGCAGGCUGCUACCUGGAUAAGAGGUUCAGAAUACAUUGCAACUCCAACAUGACUCCGAGGCUUUCUAUGAAUGGAAUCAAUCUAGAGGUGUUGAACAUCUCUGUUGAUGAAGGCACAAUUCACGUCAAAUUUCCGAUUUUCUAUUCAAGUAAUUGUCGAGGCAAAGAAAGCAAUCCAGUAAUUGUGAAUUUGGAAGGAAGCCCUUUUGUCUACUCAGAAAAAUGGAACAACAUUGUCUUGAUGGCCCAAAAUGACUCAAUCUAUGGUGGGUGCAUGUCUAUUUGCGAUGAGAGCAGCAACUCUGCUAGAAAUCAUGCGAGUUGCAAUGGCAUCAACUGCUGCCAGAUGAGAAUCCCGUCGCAUCUAAUGUCUUUCAAUGCAGUAUUCAAGGAUCUUGACGGUGGUCAAGGUAGAGGCAGGGAUCAAUGCAAGCAUGCCUAUUUAGUAGAACAAAGAUGGUUCCAUGAUAGGCUCAAUAGUAGUCUUGAGACCCCUUACUCAGUGACAGAUACGGACUCUGUGCCUGUGGUGCUGGACGGGAUGAUAGAUUACUGGAUAUUUGAAUCUCUAGAAAGGAAUGGAUCAUUAGCAGAUAAUAAAACAUAUCAUUGUCAUGUUAACAAUUACGAUAACAUUUCAAGCAAUCAGAAAUCCAUGGUUAAAUGUUCUUGCAGCGCUGGUUAUCAUGGGAAUCCUUAUCUUCCUGCUGGUUGUCCAGAUAUCAAUGAAUUUGAGGACCCUCGUUUCAACGAUUGUUGGAAGAAUAUGGUCUGCGUAAAUUUUGAUGCUGGAUAUGGCUGCUUCCCAUCCGAAGUCAAGAAGUCUCCGGUUAAAAUUGUGGUUGUAGCUUUAAUAAGGAAGGCUGGGCUUAUGCUACUCGAUGAAGCAACAAGUGCACUAGAUGCUGAGUCUGAGAGGUCUGUCCAGGAAGCCCUGGAUCGUGCCUGCUCAGGAAAGACCACAAUUGUUGUUGCACACCGGCUAUCAACUAUAAGAAAUGCUCAUGUCAUUGCUGCAAUUGAUGAUGGUAAAGUAGCAGAGCAAGGAUCCCACUAG